AUGGCUCGAGAAACUAGCUCAGCUUCAACAAACUCUAACAUAAAAGGAGUUCUAACGAAUGGCGGUAAAUACGUGCGCUACAAUCUGUAUGGAAACUUGUUCGAGGUCUCCAGUAACUAUGUUCCUCCACUACGUCCCAUUGGUCGUGGCGCCUAUGGCCUUGUGUGUGCUGCCAUCAAUAAAGAAACAAAUGAGGAGAUUGCAAUAAAGAAGAUUGGAAGUGCAUUUGAUAACAGAAUAGAUGCUAAAAGAACUUUGAGAGAAAUUAAACUCUUACGCCAUAUGGAUCAUGAAAAUAUUAUUGCUAUCAAGGAUAUCAUAAGACCACCGAAGAAGGAUGCUUUUAAUGAUGUGUACAUAGUUUAUGAAUUGAUGGAUACAGAUUUACAUCAGAUUAUUCGGUCCGAUCAAACACUGACGGAUGACCAUUGUCAGUACUUUCUAUAUCAGCUGUUACGAGGAUUGAAAUACGUACAUUCAGCAAAUGUCUUGCAUCGGGACCUUAAGCCCAGCAAUUUGCUUCUGAAUGCAAACUGUGAUCUAAAGAUAGGAGAUUUUGGUUUGGCAAGGACGACUUCUGAAACUGAUUUCAUGACUGAAUAUGUAGUCACUCGUUGGUAUCGAGCACCUGAGUUGCUCCUUAAUUGCUCAGAAUACACGGCUGCAAUUGAUGUAUGGUCUGUUGGUUGCAUUCUUGCUGAAAUAUUGACUAGAGAGCCUCUGUUCCCUGGCAAAGAUUAUGUACAUCAGCUCAAACUCAUCACUGAGCUGUUAGGCACACCUGAUGAUGCGACCCUUAAGUUUCUACGAAGUGAUAAUGCCCGAAAAUAUGUCAAACAACUUCCUCAAUUUCCAAAGCAACAGUUGUCGGUUAGAUUUCCCAACAUGUCUCCUCUGGCACUGGAUUUGUUGGAGAAAUUGCUUGUGUUUGAUCCAAACCAACGUAUAACUGUUGAUGGCGCACUCUGUCACCCAUACCUGUCCUCUCUUCACGAUAUCAAUGACGAGCCAAUCUGCUCCAAGCCUUUCAGUUUUGAUUUUGAGCAGCAAGCAAUAACUGAAGAAAACAUUAAGGAUCUUAUUUGGAUGGAAUCAAUCGUGUUCAAUCCAGAUCCAGCUCAUUAG